AUGAUCUUCAACGCCGGCGAGGAGCAUAGACCUGCCCUGGACCGAAUUGGAUCUGGCAUCUUGAUGCUUGAGAAAUUUGGCUUUGAGAUCUACGCUUCUAUCGAUGGCUACUCUCGUUUCAUUGUGCGGAUCUAUAUAGAAGUAUCUGCCCGUACUGCUAUCAGUGUUCUUCGCCAGUAUCUUGAUGCUGCCCAGUCGAAUGGCUCUAUACCCCGAGUACUACGUGUUGAUCUUGGUACAGAGACAGUUCAACUUGGUGAUACCUAUCUCCUCCUUCGGCGAUCUGCGAAUAAUCUCCCCGGUUAUCGUACGACAGUCCAACUUGGAGACUGCUUCUUCUACGGUCGGAGUGUUGAAAAUCAGCCAAUUGAAGCCUGGUGGGGACAACUCGCAACAUCGAGUCUCUUCCUCUACUACGAGUACUUGCAUAAGCUCCAGAAAGAAGGACAUUUUUCAAGAGAUUACAUUCCGGAGCAGGUUUCUCUUCUUGCUAUCUAUAUGCCUAUUCUACGGUCACGAAUUCAUUCUUACGUUAAUACCUACAACAUCUAUCCUAUUCGAGCCUAG